AUGAUUUACAAAAUUUUAUUAAUUUUCGUAUUAAAUCAAUUAUUUUUAUUAGGGUUUGGACAGAAUUACGUACCAGAGCCUCGAGUAGGGCAAGCAGCAGUUAUUAUUGAAGAUAAAAUAUAUUAUAUUGGAGGAUAUAAAUUUAACCAAUCACAACCCACAAGUGAUGUUUUUUACCUCGAUGUAAAAGAAUUUAAGUUUACAUGGACAGAUUUAGUGAGUCUAGGAGCAAAUCUAACAUUGACAUCAUGGCACACUGCAAGUCCAAAUGGCAUUAGUCUUGAUUCAAUAUUUAUAUUGGGAGGUGUACAUUUAGAUGAAGCAAAUAUGAAUUAUGUAUAUAAAUUAGAUAUUAAAACAAAUGUAAUAAGUGUACCAAUAAUUCAAGGAAAAACUCCACAACCACGUCAAGGAAUGAAUUCUGCUGUUAGUAUUGAAGGAAAAAUUUAUAUAUUUGGUGGCUACGUAGGUUCUGGCGAUAAUAUCAUAUUUGUUAAUAGUUUAGAUAUAUUAGAUACUAUUAACUUGAGUUGGAGUGUCGGUAGCUUGGUUAAUUCUCCUGUUGGUAGAAUCUAUUAUACAGCAACAUUACUUAAUGAUGGAACUAUUUAUUAUAUUGGUGGUAAAGUGGAUCGUAAUAAUUUUUCCCCAAUGACCGAGAUUUACCAAUACGAUACUAUUGGGGAUAAAUGGUCUUUGAAGACAGCUACAGCUGAAGUUGCAGAAACUAUGCCAGGACCUAGAAUGGGGCAUACAGCCGUUUUAGGCUCCAGUAAAAUUAUUGUCUACGGAGGAUUGUACUAUAAUGAUGACAUACCAUAUGGUAUACCAUCUAAAGAAACAAUUGCUAUGUUGGAUAUUACUACUCUAGUAUGGUCGAUACCUCCGCUUGAAAAUUUUAAUAAUAUACCAAAACUUGCUUUUCAUUCUGCUAAAUUGGUGUAUGAUGCGGCUAUGAUUAUCACUUUUGGCCAAAAAUAUAAAUGGAUAAAUGUACCAUUAAAUGUACCAACGAAGGAUAGUAUUAAACCAAAAUCAAAAUCAGAAAUCCCAUCACCUAAUAUUUCUAAAACGAGUCCACCUCAAACUAAUUCAAAUAGCAAAAUUUUAAUUGUCUGUGUGUCGAUUGGAUCAGUAGCGGCUGGUUUAACAUUAUUUGUAGCUUCUAUAUUUGCUUAUAAACGCAUUAAGAAAAAUAAGAAUCAAUCAUCUAGUUGA